AUGACAGGUCCUCGCACGAACCUCGGGGCCUGGAAACGCGAGGCGAAAGGCCUGGAAGCGCCCGGUGUAACCUUCGGAGACCGCUUCCUUGAGCUUGGCCAGUGGCGUUUGUGGGCUGAAGGCCAACGGCUUAUCUUAUCCCACCAAGCGGGGACCAGCGUCAAAGUUUACCAGUCUGAUGGCUCCAGCGCUGGACGCCGCUGCUGCAAUGCUUCAGGAAGUCCCGGCGCCUUGGCGGCCACUGCCUUCGCCCGCCCGGCGUCCAAAAUGGGAGGAGUGGCCUUUGGCGACCGCUUCCUGCAGAUUGGCCACUUCCGCUUGGGCGACGUGGACGGUGCGCACUUCGCCAUCUCUCACCCGGAUGGGCUCUCGGAGGUCCAUCACAGCGAUGGGACGCUCCUCCCCUCGGGCACAAGCUCUCUGACAACCCUGGGCCGUCGCCUGGAAGAGUGCCAGCCCCUCUGA